CACACUCAUGCUAUCAGAUUUUGCAGCCAUAAAUCGUGUUGUUGGAGAAGCUUGACCAAACAGAGAAGAGCACAAACUUGCUCUGAGAAAAAUCAACCAAAAUGUGCGAGUUAUGCAGCUUUUAGCUUCAAAGCUAAAUCGAGUUGAAAUAUACUCCUUUAUUGCCGGAAGGUAGAAAUGCUGAUGCCAGCCAGAAAAAAAACUGAAAAGCUUCUGAGUUCUGCCUAAGUAGCUCGUGAGGGUCCAGCCUUAAGAAGCUAAAGAAAGGACAGCUAAGUUGAUUGAGAGAUGGAAUGCCCUAAAUGCCGCAGCAGGAGAAGAUAAAGAUGAUGAUGACGAUAAGUGGACAUAACUGGAGUCGUGAUGCCCAGUCGCAUUUUCAUUUCCAAACUAUUUUGGGGCAUUCCAAGACAUUUGGCUGGCAUUGUGCUCCUACACCCUGCAGAUUCUUGUGUUGUGUGGCUUUGUACCCACAACAACAAACUUCCAAGGGGAUUUUGUUCAUGCCCCUUCUACCAGGUGGGGAUGGGUGGCCGUCAACAACGCUAGUGGUGGUGGUCAGUGGCGGCGGUUGCUUGCCCAUAGUGGAGGUGAUGUUUGUUGGUGACAACAGGUGGCCGUCGACAAGGUAGUGGCGGUUGCCAACGACAACGACAGUUUGGCGACACCGAUAGUUGUUGAUGGCAAUGAUGGUGGUCAACUGUUACUAGUGGCAGU